AACUCAAAACGAUAGUCUCGGCCGGUGCUGUUAUUGUUCGGUUUGAAGAGUUAGGGGGUGGCCGCUGCUUUGUUUUUGUUUUUUGGGGGGGCUGUAAGCUUUCACUGGCAGGCUAAUUACACUCAAAUGCAAACACCUGCAUGCCUCGGUUGAUAUAUAUUUUAAUAAUAUAGCAUCAUAUCUAUCCAGGUAGUGGUAAGGUAAUACGUUAGGUCCCAAAGUAGCUGAUGGAUGCGCGGGUAUCGGACUUAUUUGCCUCAGGAAAUGGACACGGUUCCGGAUCUCCAGGUGUCGCUUCCAACGUAGCCUCCAAAAAAGCUUCUGCAAAGAACAAAAAAUCAAAAGCUCGUUUCUCUCGCACCUUCAAACCCAGCAAUAACACCCCGUAUCUACCUCCAGAGGCUGAAGAGGGAAAUAUAGAGUACAAGCUGAAGCUGGUGAACCCUACGCAAUACCGCUUUGAGCACCUGGCAACACAAAUGAAAUGGAGACUGCAGGAGGGUCGAGGCGAAGCUGUCUAUCAAAUAGGUGUCGAGGAUAAUGGCAUGUUGGUGGGACUAUCAGAGGAAGACAUGAGGGCAUCAUUGAAGACACUCCAUAGGCUAGCAGAGAAAGUUGGAGCUGACAUCACUGUCCUCCGAGAGCGUGAAGUGGACUAUGACUCAGACAUACCUCGUAAGAUUGCUGAAGUUCUCAUUCGCAAGGUGCCAGAUGACCAGCAGUUCUUGGACCUGCGAGUGGCCGUACUCGGUAAUGUGGACUCUGGCAAGUCCACCCUGUUGGGUGUUUUGACGCAGGGUGAGCUGGACAAUGGACGAGGAAGAGCAAGGCUCAACCUCUUCAGACAUCUUCAUGAGAUCCAGACUGGACGCACUUCAAGCAUCAGCUUUGAGAUCCUUGGCUUCAACAGUAAAGGAGAGGUUGUGAAUUACAGCGAGUCUCGAACCGCAGAGGAAAUUUGUGAGAGUGCCUCUAAAAUGAUCACAUUUAUUGAUCUGGCGGGUCACCACAAGUACCUGAAGACCACCAUCUUUGGUCUCACCAGCUACUGUCCAGAUUUCGCUAUGCUGGUCGUGAGCGCAAAUACUGGCAUUGCUGGAACAACCCGGGAGCAUCUUGGGCUCGCCAUGGCCCUGAAGGUGCCCAUCUUUAUUGUCAUCAGUAAGGUGGACCUGUGUACACGGGCAACUGUUGAGCGCACGGUACGGCAGUUGGAGCGUGUCUUGAAACAACCGGGCUGCAACAAGGUGCCCAUGGUUGUAGCCAGUACGGACGAUGCCGUCACCGCAGCACAACAGUUUGCCCAGUCACCCAACAUCACACCCAUCUUCACCUUGUCCAGUGUGUCUGGAGAGAGUCUAGACUUGCUCAAGGUCUUCUUCAACAUCAUCCCUCCUCUCAGCAACAGCAAGGAGCAGGAGGAGCUUAUGCAACAGCUAACUGAGUUUCAGGUGGAUGAGAUCUACACAGUGCCAGAGGUGGGGACUGUGGUGGGAGGUACUCUCUAUAGUGGUAUUUGCCGUGAGGGAGAUCAUCUUGUAGUAGGGCCCACAGAUUCAGGCCAGUUCCACAAGUUGACCAUUGGGAGCAUCCAAAGGAACCGCUCAGCAUGCAGGGUACUCAGGGCCGGCCAGGCUGCAACACUCGCCCUGGGCAACUUCGACCGGUCACUACUACGCAAGGGCAUGGUGAUGGUGAGUCCAGAGAUGGAUCCUACUAUCUGCUGGAUGUUUGAGGCUGAGAUAGUGCUGCUCUUCCAUGCUAAGACCUUCCACAAAGGCUUUCAGGUUACUGUGCACAUCGGCAAUGUGAGACAGACCGCCACUGUGGAAGCUGUGUAUGGCAAGGAGGAGCUGAGGACAGGGGAGAAAGCAGUGGUUCUCUUCAAGUUCAUCAAGCACCCAGAAUAUCUGAAGGUGGGAGCUAAGGUGCUCUUCAGAGAGGGCGUGACCAAAGGUAUCGGCCACGUCACCAAGUUGCUGCCCAUCGCCCAGUACCGGCAAUCCCAAAGCGAGGAUGAGGAAGUCUGAAGUUUUGCAGACAAAAACAGCAGAAAACACCGUCCCACCCCAAAACAAGGUGCUUUAUAACCCCCUACCUGCUUUCUCCAAAGGCCACUCUGCCCUGUCCUCUGCACAGUACUUCCCUUUCACAGGACUUAGUUAUUUUAUCACCCCUUUCCAAAGCCUUGCUGUCACCAUCUUCCUCAUUUGUCCUCUUCAGCCUUUUAAAUAACUGCUGAUAUUUUAGUGUGCUUUCUGGUGUUGAGUUUUAAAGAGUGUUACUUUUGAUGGCACUGAUAAGAGGAAACCCCUCAGCCACUUCUAUAACACGUUCACAGCGACAUCUACCAAAGUGAUAUUGAGUGUCACAUAUAUGCAAUGCACAGAUCAGUAAGUGGCAACUAGGAAUCUGCUUUCUCACAUGUACAUUGAAGUGGUGCCUACACAGUUUACACCUAAAUGCACUACCUAACACAUGUCAAAAAAGAUGCACACACACUUGCACUGAAAGAUAAAUGCCAGUGAUGAUAUACCUUUGGCAGAUAAUCGUUUACAAAGUUGCAAGUAUGAGAUGCAUGGACAUUAGGUGUAACGUGUAUCACCUACCAUGUCAUUAUUGUCACAGCUUGUCUGUGUUACCAGCAUAGUGCCUGACUGAUAGGGACAAGCCUCUGGUCUCACUGUAUUUGAAUACUCCUUAAUCGUUUCUUUUUCUUAGUAACUUCUAAAGAAUUAUGUGAGAUAAUUGUAACAGCGAUGAGAUGCGUUUGCAGUUCUCAGUCAUAUAUAAGCUUUUCCAUCCUGCUUUAAGCUAUAUUGCUGACAAAGGCACUUUAUGAAGGUGAAAGGAGAGCAUUGCGAGGUAUGCAAAGUUAGAACUUGACCCAGUUUGUACAUCAGCCUGCCAAGCAAAGUCACAUUUGCAAUCACCUUAUAACUGUCACAUUUGUCUGUGAGAAUUAGGUUUUUUAUUCACAAAUAAUGCCUCACGAUAGUGCAGUGAGAUGGUAAUGAUCCUGCUGCCUAUCUUUCAAGUGCUUUAGUUACUCAGGUCAGUGUCGAUAUUGUAUUAGACAGCAUUCCACUUUCACAGAAGUACUCAAGUGAACCUUUCUGUUGCUGACUUGGGGAAGGGGGGGGAGGGUGGUCGUCUCCCAAAGAGAUAUGUUUGAUUAUGCAUUAUAUAUUAUCUGAAGCUGUCUAUUGAUGCAGCUUUGUUUAAAAGCAAUUAUGUUUGAGAUAUUUGAUGUCGUCUCUUCACUUAAGUUACUGAUGUCACUAACUUUGAAGGGGUUUACACAGUGCCUAAUGGGACUACCAUUUGAGUAGCCUUUCAUUACACCCCAAAGUUUUACAACUUAGUAAAAAAAAACAUCUACUGAAGUUGGUGCUACUACUAGAAACAGUUUUUGAUAUCUAGAGGUCGACUUUGAAAAUGAAUGUUAAUUGCUACUCUCUUGGAGGCUGUUAUCCCAUACCAUCUGUCUUAUCAUUGCAUGUUGAUGUGAUUUAUACAUAGGUUGUUGUCCCACUGACAUAAGAGAUAGAGGACGAGUGAAAUGUGUGCCCUGUUUUGUUGCACCCACGUUGUUGUUAUGCACAGUUUGUGUGCACUCAGAGAGAAAAAACUUAACAAGCAUUUCAACCAAAAUAUUUUAUAGCCUUUUAAGAAGACUUAUAUCAGGUGUUAAAGUUUGUUUUCAUGCAUCUGGGAAGUAUUUUAUAGAUUUCUAGUAGUUCUCAGUUUUACAAUUCAUUCAAACACUUUUUUCACAUGUUUCUGUCUUCUUACUCACACCAACACAGCUUCACUUUUUUGAGAUCACUUUUAGACCUGUUUUCCUAUUAACCGAAUCUUUUGAUCAUUAUUUGGGUGAAAUGCAAUAUUUAUGAACAGAUCCAAUUUCUGUAUUAUGAUGUACAUGAAUAAAACUUUUAUUGUCUCUUUA